AUGUGUCACCACUAUGUGUCACCACUUUGUGUCAUCACUAUGUGUCACCACUUUAUGUCAUUACUAUGUGUCACCACUUUGUGUCACCACUGUGUCAUCACUUUGUGUCAUCACUUUGUGUCACCACUAUGUGUCAUCACUAUGUGUCACCACUAUGUGUCACCACUUUGUGUCACCACUGUGUCAUCACUUUGUGUCAUCACUUUGUGUCACCACUAUGUGUCAUCACUAUGUGUCAUCACUAUGUGUCACCACUAUGUGUCAUCACUUUGUGUCAUCACUUUGUGUCAUCACUAUGUGUCGUCACUUUGUGUCAUCACUAAGUGUCACCACUUUGUGUCAUCACUAUGUGUCAUCACUUUGUGUCAUCACUAUGUGUCAUCACUUUGUGUCAUCACUAUGUGUCAUCACUUUGUGUCACCACUAUGUGUCACCACUUUGUGUCAUCACUUUGUGUCAUCACUUUGUGUCACCACUAUGUGUCAUCACUUUGUGUCACCACUAUGUGUCACCACUUUGUGUCAUCACUUUGUGUCAUCACUUUGUGUCACCACUAUGUGUCAUCACUUUGUGUCACCACUAUGUGUCAUCACUUUGUGUCACCACUAUGUGUCACCACUUUGUGUUGCCACGAUGUGUCGUCACGAUGUGUCGUCACGAUGUGUCGUCACUUUGUGUCAUCACUAUGUGUCGUCACUUUGUGUCAUCACUAAGUGUCACCGCUUUGUGUCAUCACUAUGUGUCAUCACUUUGUGUCAUCACUAUGUGUCAUCACUUUGUGUCAUCACUAUGUGUCAUCACUUUGUGUCAUCACUUUGUGUCACCACUAUGUGUCACCACUUUGUGUCAUCACUUUGUGUCAUCACUUUGUGUCACCACUAUGUGUCAUCACUUUGUGUCACCACUAUGUGUCACCACUUUGUGUCGCCACGAUGUGUCGUCACGAUGUGUCGUCACGAUGUGUCACCGUGUUCUGCAGAAUAA